AUGGACUUGGACAUGGCUCUACGUGAAGAUGAACCUCCUAAGCCUACUAAUGAAAGCACUGAAACUAUAAGAGCUCAUUAUGCGAAAUGGGAAAGAUCGAACUGUUUGAGUCUCAUUUCAAUCAAGAGGUCCAUUGCUAAGCAUCUCCUUGGAGGAAUACCUGAGAGUAACAAUGCUAAGGAAUUUCUCGUUGUUGUGGCAAAUAGAUACCAAACAUCUGACAAUGUCGAAGCUGGGCAUUUUAUGGAUGAAUUGAUGAAUAUGAGUCAUGAUGAUAUGAAAGGGGUUCAUUCAUGGUGGCUUGACAGUGGUGCUACUAUUCAUGUUGCAACUUCUUUACAUGGGAUAAGAAAUUUGAGGAAGCCAAGUGAAAAAGAGUCAAAGCUUAAAGUUGGCAGUGACAUCGGGAUUGAUGUUGAGCAUAUUGGGAUUGUUGUUUUAGAAUUAGAUUCUGAAAAUGCAAAUGCUCUUGAAAUGUUCAAAGUCUUCCGAACUAAAGUUGAGAAACAACUGGGGAUAGUCAUCAAAAUUGUAAGAUCUGAUCGAGGUGGUGAGUAUUAUGGGAAGCAUGGUGAUGCUGGACAACAAAAGGGACCUUUUGCAAGGUACUUACAAGAUAAUAGUAUUGUUGCUCAGUAUACUAUGCCUGGUAGUCCUGAACAAAAUGGCGUGGUAGAAAGACGCAACCGCACUCUUAUGGAAAUGAAGAGAAACAUGAUGGGUAGAUCAAAUUUACCAAAAUACUUAAGAGGUGAAGCCAUUAAAAUAGCAACCUACAUUCUAAACCGUGUUCCUAGUAAGUCUGUUCCUAGUAAGUCUGUUCCUGAAACACCGUUUGAACUAUGGACAGAUAGAAAACCCAAUUUGAAUCAUUUUAAAGUAUGGGGAUGUCCAAUUGAGGUGAAAAUCUAUGAUCCUUCUUUAAAGAAGACGGAUUCGAGAACUACUAGGUGCUACUUUAUUGGGUAUCCUAGUCACUCAAAAUGA